AUGGAAACGUUAGACUACCAGCCGUCUGGUGCUGGUUUGGUCCUAUGUUGCGACUGCGGGACAGCUAUUGAGCCUAAUGCAGCAAACAUGUGUGCUGCAUGCGUGCGAGCUCGAGUGGACAUAACUGAAGGAAUUCCAAAACAAAGUCAGUUGACGUUUUGUAAGUUCUGUGAACGCUAUUUUAUGCCACCCAACUCUUGGAUCCGUGCUGCUCCCGAAUCUAAAGAACUGCUUUCGCUUGCCUUGAAAAAACUCAAACCAUUCAUGACGAAAGUAAGGCUUACCGACGCGUCUUUCAUUUGGACCGAACCACAUUCGAAAAGAGUCAAGGUGAAGCUGACUAUUCAAAAGGAAGUCCUUACGUCAGCUAUUUUGCAACAGUCAUUUGUCGUUGAAUUUGUGGUUCAAAAUCAGAUGUGCAAUGACUGUCGCCGCGCAGAAGCAAAAGAUUAUUGGAGAGCUUGUGUGCAGGUGAGGCAGAAGUGCGACUUUAAGAAAACACUGUUUUAUUUAGAACAGCUAGUUUUAAAGCAUGGAGUUCAUGAAAAAGCUACGGGAGUUAAGCCGGUUUCCACAGGGAUUGAUUUCUUCUACGCUAAAUUACAAGAUGCGAGAAAAUUGGUCGAUUUUUUACUUUCAGUUUUUCCGUGCCGGUAUCAGCAAGCUCAGGAGUUAGUGACGCAUGAUACGAAAAGUAAUAUCUAUGAUUACAAGCAUACGUUUUGUGUCGAAAUUGUUCCUAUCUGCCGCGGCGAUAUUGUUUGUUUACCUGCAAAAGUAGCUCAGUCUCUCGGUAACAUGAGUCAGCUCUUAAUAUGUCUCAGAAUAUCUAAUGUUAUUACUUUUAUUGAUCCUGCCACCCUACAGACUGCAGACGUUUCCGCAACUCAAUAUUGGCGUCAACCAUUUGAUUCGUUAUGUCAACCAAAACAACUUAUGGAGUUUUAUGUCAUAGAUGUUGAAGAUGUUGGUGAAAUAACAAGAAAUGCCGGAGCAGGACAUGUUUCAAGAAAGCACUGUUUAGUGGAUGCGUGGGUUGUCCCCAGCAAUCAGGUUAUUUUUUUAAUUAAGCCUUAA